ACAGGUAUACUAAAUAUAUGUGUAUUUGUGUAAAUAUAUGAAUAUAUGAAAAUAACACGUGAUUUAAAAUUUUAACCUGAAAAUAAAAAUCUCAAAACAUGAGCACGUGGGUGUAAUAAAUCUUAUAAAUAAAUAUAUAAUAAUUCAUAUAAAGUGAUAAGCGGGAUAUAAAAUAAAUAUUUAUUUGUCAUUUAUCUUUUAUAUUAAUAAUUUUAAAAAAUGUCUCACCGUUUUAAAUCACGUGUUUCGGCAAAACACUUGGAUCCAUGUGCAUUAACAUUUUCUAUGUACUCAUCUGAGGAUAUUAAACGUAUAAGUGCUGUCAAAAUAAAAUCACCAUUGAGUUUCAGUCAGACUGGAUUACCACUACGAGGCGGUCUUUAUGAUCCAUCACUAGGACCAACUCAUACUCAAUCAGAUCCAUGUGGAACAUGCAGUGAAACAUUUGCUAAUUGUCCUGGUCAUUUUGGUCAUAUAGAGUUACCAGUUCCUGUAGUCAAUCCCUUAUUUCACAAAGUCCUUUGUUCGUUAAUAAAACUAACAUGUUUGUCAUGUUUUACUUUACAAAUUCCCAGUCACGAAAAAUUAUUGCUCAUCGGAAAGUUUCGUAUGAUCAUGUCAGGAUUUUACACAGAGCUCGAAGAUCUAGAACACGAAAUUGGGGUAUUGGUUGAUAGCAAAAAAGAUCUUAACGCUGCUGAAUUAGAGUUCCUUCGUGAAUCAGUUACUACAAUUAUAAAUGAUCUUAAAGAAAAAAAAUCUGUUCAUGAUAACGAUCGUCUAGAAAGUCUAUCAAAUCCCACUACAAAAAACAUAAACAUCCAGUGCAUUAAAUAUAUUGACAAUGCAAUUAAACGAUGUGAUGCCAGUAAAAUGUGUAUAAGUUGUCACCGGCCAUUUACUAAAGUAUCAAUUAAUAAAAAUAAAAUAAUGAUUCAACAUGUUUCUAAUCUAACGGAAGACGAUGAAUUUUCUGAUAAAAAAGUUGCAAACGUUAUGCUUACUCCGGAUCAAUCGAAAGCAUAUUUACGAAAAGUUUGGCGUAAUGACAAAGACGUACUCAAAGUUAUGAUUCCAUGCUUGUCUUCAAUAGACAUCGAAUUUCCAACAGAUAUAUUUUUUUUCGAUUUAAUUCCUGUUGUUCCACCGAAAACUCGCCCGCCAAAUAUGCUCAGAAAUCAAGUGCUCGAGCAUCCGCGAUCACAAGUUUAUAAAAGUAUAAUGUCAGAUUGUUUGGUACUGCGUAAUAUAAUACAGGCAAUACAAGACGGUAACACAGAGCAGCUUCCACAAGAGGGUUUGGCGGUUUAUGAUCAGAUACGCGGUAAAACACCAACUGAAAAACUCCAAAAUGCGUGGCAAGGAUUGCAAGCAAAUGUUGAUCAUUUAAUGGAUCGCGAUAUGAGUAAAACUAGUGAGUCCGCAAAUUGUCUAGGUUUAAAACAGAUUAUUGAAAAGAAAGAGGGUGUGAUACGUAUGCAUAUGAUGGGAAAACGUGUUGACUUUGCAGCUCGUUCAGUAAUAACUCCCGAUCCUAAUAUAAACAUUGAUGAGAUAGGAUUCCCGGAAUGUUUCGCUAAAAGAUUGUCGUACCCGGUGGCAGUGACACCCUGGAAUGUCACCGAAUUACGGCAGAUGAUUAUAAAUGGACCUAAUGUUCAUCCAGGAGCCAAUAUGAUUGAAAUUGAUGGCUGGGUCCAGCGUCUUAGUGCUACUGACUCACUUGCAAGAGAGGCAAUUGCCAAACGAUUACUCACGUCUAAUAAAGAUAGUGACUUGGCCCAAUCGGUUAAAAUUGUUCACCGGCAUUUGCAGAACGGUGAUAUUAUGCUGCUGAAUCGUCAACCAACCUUACACAAGCCCAGUAUUAUGGCACACAAAGCGAGGAUUCUUAAAGGUGAGCAAACUAUACGUUUGCAUUAUUCUAAUUGUAAAGCAUACAAUGCCGAUUUUGAUGGUGAUGAAAUGAAUGCCCACUUUCCGCAAAAUGAAUUGGGACGUAGUGAGGGUUACAAUCUUGCGUCGGUACCUACUCAGUAUCUAGUACCCAAAGACGGUACACCUUUGGGAGGUUUAAUUCAGGAUCACGUUAUUGGUGGUGUGCGUUUAACUCUGCGUGGUAAUUUUUUCACAAAAGACGAUUAUAUGAACCUUGUAUUGUCCGCUUUGACUGAUCAUGUGGGUCAGAUAAAAUUACUACCGCCUGCGAUUAUAAAACCUAUUGAAAUGUGGUCGGGUAAGCAAGUUGUAUCCACAGUUAUCAUAAAUCUCAUUCCUCGGGGUAAAGCGUUGAUUAAUUUAACUUCGGGAGCUAAAAUUCGUGCCAGUGCUUGGGAAGCUGAGAAGCCUAGAGCUUGGAAAUGCGGUGAAGAAUUUGAAGAUCCAAAUACAAUGAGCGAGGCUGAAGUUAUUUUACGUAAUGGUGAAUUGCUUUGUGGAAUUCUUGAUAAAACUCAUUACGGUGCUACUCCUUAUGGUUUAGUUCAUUGUAUCUAUGAAUUGUAUGGGGGAGCGUGCUCUACUAAAAUGUUAAGUUCAUUUGCCAAAUUAUUUCAAAUGUAUUUACGUCUUAUUGGAUUCACUUUGGGUGUUGAGGAUAUUCUUGUAGUAGAAUCUGGGGAUGAAAAACGGAGAGAAGUUAUUUCACGUUGUAAACUUGUAGGUGAAAGUGUUCAAAAAGAAAUAUUAAAAUUACCUGAAGAAACUCCGCAAGAGGUAGUUGUUGAAAAAAUAGAAGAAGCUUAUUGGAGAAACAAAAAAUUCCGUGCGCAAAUUGAUCACAAGUAUAAAUCUACAAUGGAUAAGUUUACCAAUGCUAUUAAUAAAGCGAGUUUAGGUGAAGGUCUGUUGAAAAAAUUUCCCAGUAACAAUCUACAGUUUAUGGUGCAAACUGGUGCAAAAGGUUCUGAUGUUAAUCGUCUCCAGAUUUCAGGAUUAUUAGCGCAAAUUGAGUUAGAAGGUAAACGACCACCACUGAUGAUAAGUGGACGUGGUCUACCUUGUUUCCCACCUUAUUAUCCAUCCCCUCGUGCUGGAGGAUACAUAGACGGGCGUUUCAUGACGGGAAUUUUACCACCUGAAUUUUUUUUCCAUUGUAUGGCCGGUCGUGAAGGUCUAAUUGAUACUGCUGUUAAAACCAGUCGUUCAGGUUAUCUUCAAAGAUGUUUGAUAAAACAUUUAGAAGGUGUAUCAGUACACUAUGAUAGCACAGUAAGAGAUUCUGAUGGUAGUUUGAUACAAAUGUUGUACGGUGAAGAUGGUGAAGAUAUUACGAAAUCAAGAUUUUUGCGAAAAGAACAAAUGAACUUUUUGGCAGAAAAUAAAAAUGCGAUAAUUGAUAAGAAGUUAUUGAAACAGCUUAAAGAUCCUAUCGAAUAUGGAAAAAUAAUGAAGAGUGUAAAAAAAUUACGAAAGUGGAAAUCAAAACACGGAAGUGAGUUUCAACGUAUUCGUAUCUCUCCUUUUUCUAAAUAUUCACAGGAUCAUUAUAAAGCUGAAAGCGCUAAAAAUAAAGAAAUUGAUCCUGGCAAGGGACGUACCAAAGCCGCGUGGUCUUUAUCGAAGAAAUGGGAGCAUAUUAGUGAAGAAGUAAAAAAUAGAUACGCGAAGGAAUGUAAUAAAUGCCCGGAACCAAUUACAGCUGAUCGGAGACAGGAUUUAGAUUAUGGAGUUUUGACAGAACGACUAGAAAGUUUGAUUGAUAAUUAUAUGGAAUCACGAAAAUCAUUUACUUCGACAAUUAGUCAUGAUCAAUUGCGUGAUUUAAUAUGUUUGAAGCUUAUGAAUACUCUGUGUCCAGCUGGUGAACCUGUAGGUCUUUUAGCAGCUCAGUCUAUCGGUGAACCUUCAACACAGAUGACACUGAACACUUUUCACUUUGCCGGUCGAGGUGACAUGAAUGUAACUCUGGGUAUCCCACGUCUUAGAGAAAUUUUAAUGAUGGCCUCCAAAAAUAUCAAAACACCUAGUAUGGAAAUACCUUUUAAUAAAAAUCUCAAAAACUUAACACGCUCUGCAAAUCGUUUACGUAUGAAAUUAACCCGUUGUACGCUUGCUGAUGUUCUAAAAUCAGUUCACGUUGAACGUAAAAUGCAGCAACGUCCAUCAAGACAAUUGGAAUAUUAUUUAACUGUGGAAUUUUUACCCCACAAAUAUUAUAAACAUGAAUUUUGUUUAUCUUCCAAACAAGUACUUGAGAGAACAGAAACAUUAUUUUUCAAAGAAUUAUUCAGAGAAAUAAAAAAAGUUGCUAAAAAAUCUGGUACUACGCUUCUUAAUGUUGAUGACAAGAAAAAAAGAAACACAGAACUUGAAGAUUCGUUACUAGACGGCAGAAUUGAUGACGAUGUUGAAGAAGCUGAUACUAAAUCGAAUAAACGUAAAGCUGAUAUUGGUGAGAAUCAUGAGUCAUCAGAUGAAGAAGAUGGUAAUACUGAAGAUACAUUUGCGGUUAAAAGAGCUCAAAUUCAUAAAGAAAUGGAAAGUUAUGAUGAUCCAGAAGCUGAAGAAGCUCCUGAAGAAGUUUCUAAUGACAUAGACGAAGAAAAUGUUGAUGAUAAAAAAUCAGAAACCGAUGAAAACCAAGAUGAAGACCAAGACGAUGAAAUAAUUCUAUCACCAGAAAUGCUUCAUGCCCGGCAAAUGGCCGCCGAGCAGCGUAAAAUAGACGUCGUUAGUAGCUCUAGCUACGGAAUAGAGUACGACUUUGAUGUAGAAAAAUACCAUUGGUUUAAAUACAGUUUCUACUUACCACUAAAGCUCAUCAAGCUUGAUUUACCAACAAUUAUUCGUGAUACAGCUAAAAAAGUUGUUUUAUGGGAAACACCUGCCAUCAAACGUGCAUUUACAUUCGAAAAUCCCGAAGGCGAAACUAUAUUAAAGACAGACGGACUUAACAUCGUUGAAAUGGCCAAGUAUGUUGAUGUUUUAGAUCUACAACGACUAUACACUAAUGACAUUUACGGAAUAUCUCAGACUUAUGGAAUAGAAGCCGCGAAUCGAGUUAUUGUUAAAGAGGUCAAGGAUGUCUUCAAGAUGUACGGAAUUACAGUUGAUCCAAGGCAUUUAUCGCUUAUCGCUGACUACAUGACCUUCGAAGGAACUUUUCAGCCGCUAAGUCGUAAAGGAAUGGAGACUUCAGCAUCACCAUUGCAACAAAUGAGCUUCGAAAGUUCAUUAGUUUUCUUGAGAAAUGCAACAUUGCAAGGCAAGUGCGACAAUUUGAUAUCACCGUCAGGUAGAUUGAUGCUCGGACAGCCUUGCAAAACAGGUACAGGGUGCUUUGAUGUGAUUGAUCAGCCUCUAUUGUCUAUUUAAUAGUUAAUCAAUUAAAUAACUAAGUCGUGAACAUGAAUUUAAGGUUUUUUAUUAUUGAUUGUUCAACUCAUUUUAAACAAAAAUAAAUGCUACCUACAUUGAGUGUUGCAAAAUAUAAGAAUGAUACUGUACAAAUAAUUACAAAUAAAGCAACAAUUUUUUAAGCUAA